CGCCGCUCUGUCAACGGGGAAUGUGGCGCGCGAGAGAUCCCGGGCAACGCUGUGUACACACACACAAACUUCUGCCUAAAACCAUGAAAAAUCAAUAAAUAGUUUAAUCUCCUGCUUUUAUUUCAAGUCUGGGAGCUUUUUCACUUUCGUUUGUUUCUUCAAAUCGCCCGGACGUAGCGUUCAUCAAGUCGAAAAUGCCCCGCAGACGACAGAGACACAUGCCAGGGAGUGGUUCAGAUGGAACUGAAGACUCGGACUCCUCCGCUGAAAGAGAGCAAACCAAUAGUUCAGAAAGCGAUGGAAACUUAAACAAGAGACAACGACUCACCAGAGCCUCCACGCGCCGUAGUCAAAGCUCUCAGGAUGCCCCAGACUUGAAACGAGCGGCGGACCACGACGAAUCUCCACCUUUGACGCCCACGGGUAAUGCCCCUUCCUCUGAAUCUGAGCUGGACAUCUCCAGCCCCAACGCCUCUCAUGAUGAGAGCCAGGCCAAAGACCAAGCCAACAGAGACUCGGACAAAGACCUCUCCCAUCGACCCAAGCGCCGGCGCUGUCACGAGACUUACAACUUUAACAUGAAAUGUCCAACGCCUGGGUGUAAUUCACUCGGUCACCUCACAGGGAAACACGAACGUCAUUUUGCCGUAUCAGGUUGUCCACUCUACCACAAUCUUUCCGCAGAUGAGUGCAAAGUGAAAGCCAUCAGCCGCGAGAAACAAGAAGAAGAGGCAAAAGGACAAGAGGAGAACAACUCACGCCAUGCAACUCGUCACCAGACGCCAACAUCAAAACAGAGCAAAUACAAAGAGCAGGUGGCCGAGAUGAGGAAAGGAAGGAACUCUGGUCUGCAGAAGGAGCAGAAAGAAAAGCACAUGGAGCAUCGACAGACUCACAGCAACACCAGAGAACCUCUGCUGGAGAACAUCACCAGUGAAUAUGAUCUGGAGCUUUUCAGGAAAGCUCAGGCUCGUGCUUCUGAAGACCUGCAGGAGAAGUUGCGCAUCCAGGGUCAGAUCACCGAGGGCAGCAACAUGAUCAAAACCAUCCUGUUCGGCCGCUACGAACUGGACACGUGGUACCACUCGCCUUAUCCAGAGGAGUACGCACGCCUGGGUCGCCUCUACGUCUGCGAGUUCUGCCUCAAGUACAUGAAGAGUCAGACCAUCCUCAGGCGACACAUGGCAAAGUGUGUAUGGAAACAUCCUCCAGGAGACGAAGUUUACAGAAAAGGAGGCAUAUCUGUGUUUGAAGUGGACGGCAAAAAGAAUAAGAUCUACUGUCAGAACCUGUGUUUACUCGCCAAACUCUUCCUGGAUCACAAAACACUUUAUUACGACGUGGAGCCGUUUCUCUUCUACGUCAUGACUGAGGCCGACAACACGGGCUGUCAUUUAGUGGGCUACUUUUCUAAGGAGAAGAAUUCAUUCCUGAACUACAACGUGUCCUGUAUCCUGACGAUGCCGCAGUACAUGAGACAAGGCUUUGGCAAGAUGCUCAUUGACUUCAGUUACUUGUUGUCUAAGGUGGAGGAGAAAGUCGGGUCACCAGAGAGGCCUCUGUCCGACCUCGGCCUCAUCAGCUACAGAAGCUACUGGAAAGAAGUGCUGCUGCGAUACAUGUACAACUUUCAAGGCAAAGAGAUUUCCAUCAAAGAGAUCAGUCAAGAAACUGCGGUCAAUCCUGUGGACAUAGUGAGCACGCUACAGUCUCUGCAGAUGCUCAAGUACUGGAAGGGCAAACACUUGGUGUUGAAGCGGCAGGACCUGAUCGACGAGUGGAGGGCGAAGGAGAUCAAACGAGGGAACAGCAACAAAACCAUCGACCCCAGCUCAUUAAAAUGGACGCCUCCCAAAGGCACAUGAGCGCCACCAACCUCAGGCUACUGAACUUUUCUCACCUCCAGCCUCACCAGCCACAAGUAGCCUCGACCUCAGAACUGUCAAUAAAUAUCAGUGUUUAAUUUCUGUUUCUUUUUUUUUUUUUUAUUCUGCUUCUUCGUGUCACGGAUGUUUUUUUUUUUUUUUGUACUUUUUAUAUAUAUUUUAAGCACCAUACGUUCCAGUGCGCGAAUGGUAUGAAAUCUGCUUUGAAUGUUACAUGAUAAACAUGAAUGUUUUUUGCUUUGAUCGUGCAAAAAAAGAAAAAUGAGAGAAAAGAAAGUGUUCUUUCUUUCAGGAAAUGUGCAUUUAUUUGAAGACGAUGGUUAUUUUUGUGUCACACAGUCAUCGUCGGCAUGAACUUCAAGGAGUAUGACGUGUGUCGCGUCCUCUUUGGUGUAAAAUUGUAUAGAUCAUAGUGUGUAUGUUUUGUUUUUUUAUAUAUUUUUGUUUUUUUUUCUCCAUCAAUACAGGAUUUGGAUCCAUUCCUCUGGUGAACCUGCCAAAUAAUGGGAUUAUAAAUUGAGAUAUUCCUAAUUUAAAAUAAGAUUAAAAACAAAAUGACAAUAUAGCUGCACAUGGAAAUAAAAGCAAACUCAGGUUUUUAUACUGAAAGAUGAAAAAAAAAAAAAAAAAAAAGGCGUACCGUGCUCGUGUUGUUUCUCGGAAACGUCAAACUCGGUGAUUGUUUCAGACGGAUUUAUUCUGGUCAAAGGUUCUGGAAUAAAAAAAAUAAAGAAGAGAGAGAGAAUAAACAUCCAAAUGUUUGCCUUGUACUUUUGAGCAUAGCUGUUAAAUGUCUUUAUGAAUUUGAUAUUUUUAAAAGAAAAGUCAAUAAAGCUGCAUUGAUAUUUUGAAGAACGACAA